GAGUUAAGAAGAGCUUGGUGUAAUUUUAAAUGCGUUGUUGACCUUGCUGAAAGAUAUUUAGUUCCCACACUGGACACACACAUAUAGGACAUGCACACACACACACACAGAUGGUGGCGCACGCGCUCGUGCACGCGCACAGUGCUGCAGGUAGUAACUCCUCCCCCCUCCAUUCUGCCGCUUUAAACACAAUAACCCGCCGGAGCUCCGUUGUGGACUACAAACCGGCUGCAGGUCCUGCUCAGGCGCGGCUUCUCGGGCUUUGCAGGUCACAGAUCCGUCCUGAGUGGCUCCAGCUGUGGUGAUGAAGAGGAGGACGAGGUGCGAACACGGCCGACUCAGCUGCACGUGUUGACGUGUGAAAAGAGGGCAAAGGUCGACGCACCUGCAGGACCCGGAGAGGGGAUCGGUCCUUGAACGUCUUGGAAUAUCAAGCAGAGAACCUUGAAGUCCUUGUUGUAAAGGUCAUCAAACCCUUAAAAUUCACACACAGAGGAUACAGAACAUUUAUAUUUCUCUGAAUUUAUAACCCUGGACGUUAAACGGAGCUAAAAACUGAAUACAGACCUCCUGGAUAUCCUGGAUUUUUAAAGAACAUUUUAUUUCUGUUGGAGAACAUUGAACUGUUUGAACUGCCCACCCUGUUCGGAGCUCUCGUCACAUUUUGACUCAUCCUCCUCUCGGCUGGAGGACAUGGAUCUGUCUCCUUCGAUACGAGAACGGACGACGGGAAGUUGACUCCUGCAGGGAGCGAGGCCGAGAGACGAACCAGCAGAGCGAGACAAAGAGAGGGAGGGCCACAUGUCGUGGAAGAGGAACUACUUUGCGUCCGGUAGCGGCGGAGGUGGUGGUGGAGGUGGCGUAAGCGGCGCUGGCGGCGGCGCAGGUGGUGGUGGUGGCAGUGGUGGGAUGAAGGGAAUCUUGACGCCUCGCACCAUGACGUCCAUCGCUCCCAGUAAAGGGCUGAGCAACGAGCCGGGACAGAACAGCUGCUUCCUGAACAGCGCCCUGCAGGUUCUGUGGCACCUCGAUAUCUUCCGGCGUAGUUUCCGUCAGCUGACGACUCAUAAGUGCAUGGAGGACUCGUGCAUUUUCUGCGCUCUGAAGAGUAUCUUCGCUCAGUUUCAGUACAGCAGUGAGAAAGUUUUACCGUCCGACGCUCUUCGCAGCGCGCUCGCCAAAACCUUCCAGGACGAGCAGAGGUUUCAGCUCGGCAUCAUGGACGAUGCUGCAGAGUGCUUUGAAAACAUCCUGAUGAGGAUUCACUUCCACAUUGCAGACGAGACCAAAGAAGACAUCUGCACAGCCAGACACUGCAUUCCCCACCAGAAGUUUGCCAUGACGCUCUUUGAACAGUGUGUGUGCAGCAGCUGUGGAGCGUCCUCAGACCCUCUGCCGUUCAUUCAGAUGGUCCACUACAUCUCCACCACCUCGCUGUGUAACCAGGCAGUGAAGAUGUUGGAGUCGAGGGAGAAAGCGACUCCUGGCAUGUUUGGGGAGCUGCUGAGGAACGCCAGCAUGGGAGACCUGCGCAGCUGUCCCAGUCAGUGUGGUCAGCAGCUCCGCAUGGCCCGUGUCCUCCUCAACAGUCCGGAGAUCAUCACCAUCGGCCUGGUUUGGGACUCUGAUCAUUCGGACCUCGCUGAGGACGUCAUUCACACCCUGGGCACUUGCCUGCGGCUUGGUGACUUGUUUUACAGGGUGACGGAGGAAAAGGCUCGGCAGUCGGAGCUCUACCUGGUCGGCAUGGUGUGUUACUACGGCAAACAUUACUCCACCUUCUUCUUCCAGACAAAGAUCCGACGAUGGAUGUACUUCGAUGAUGCACACGUCAAGGAGAUCGGCCCCAAGUGGAAGGACGUGGUCUCUCGCUGCAUCAAGGGUCACUACCAGCCUCUGCUGCUGCUGUACGCCGACCCGCGGGGGACGCCGGUGUCGGUGCAGGACUUACCCUCACGCUUCGACCUCCACCACCUCAACAAGGCCUGUUACGACAGCGAAGACUCGGGCCGUGAGCAGUCAAUCUCCAGCGACACUCGGACUGAUUCGUCGACGGAGAGCUACUCAUACCGACAGCCCUCCCACUCGCACAAUGAGUCCCUGGCCAGUCACUACUCCUCUGACUCCCAGGGAACCGUCAUCUGCAUCGAGCGCACAGACGGAGCCCUGCACACUUCGCUCUGCAGCCUGGAUGCCAUAGGCCACGGGACGGACAGUGAGCAGCACCAGUCUCUGAGGAAGGGAGGCGGGGCCGGGGAUAGGAGGCGGAGCUCUAGCCGCCACCGGCGAUCUAAACCCGACAACGAAGCCUCGUCGGCCGGUUACCACAGCGAGGGAGAGACGUUGAAGGAGCAGCAGGUUCCUCGUCACCUCCACAAACCUUCCUCCUCCUUCUCGUCUUCAACCAGUCGCCUCCGAGACUUCAAAGAGACCAUGAGCAACAUCAUCCACAGCCGACCCCUCUCCUCCUCUUCCUCCUCCUCUUUACCGGCUGCCGUCCUCUCUGAAAUUACCUCCUCCACCAACAACCAUCACCACCACCCUGCCAACACUACCGCUUCUUGCUCCUCCUCCAAUAAACUCCAUGACUGGGAGGCCGACAGCACCAGCAGCGAGUCUAAGUCCAGCUGCUCAGGGGGAGCAGGGUCAGGGAGGUACCGGCCAGCAUGGAGACCACGCAGGGAGGCGCUCAACAUCGACAGCAUCUUCACCCGCGAGAGGCGGAGGCAGGCGGGAUACAGCCCGCUCGGAGCCUCCCUGCUCGACGACGGUGGAGCACCAGCCUCCGAGGGAGCAGACGCCUCCUUGCCGGCACAGGAAGAGAUGAAGUCUGUGAGGCCGGUCUCCUCCUGGACUCUACCCACCAUCUCCGGCAACCACAGAGGAGGUAGAGACGAACCAGGAGGUGUAAGAGGAAGUGCAGGAGGUGCAGAGCUGCCUCCUCCUCCUCCCCCUCCUCCCAGGCUGAUCCAGAGGAUGGAGAGCGGAUACGAAAGCAGCGAGAGGAACAGCAGCAGCCCGGUGAGCCUGGACCUGAACCUGGGAGACAGGGAGUGUGUUCUGAAGAAACCUUCGUCGUCCUCCUCCGCAGGACCGUCAUGGAGGAACAUCCGGUCGAAGAGCAGCGGAGCUUUGCUGCAGGAAGUCGGCUCCGCCAGCAAGGGGAGCUUCGCGCCGCCUGCAGGUCGCAGCGAGCUGGACGAGCUGCAGGAGGAGGUGCAGAGGAGAGCGCGGGAGGAGGAGCAGCAGCGACGACAGGAGAAAGAGAGGGAGGCGGCGCUCGGCUUUAACCCCCGACCCAGCAAGUACCUGGACCUGGACCAGCUGCAGAUCCAGGGUAAAGGUGACAGUUUUGAACGCUGUGUAUCGGAGGCCGAGCUUCUGCUGGACCAGUCGGUGCGUCUGGAGCAGGCGGGCGAGGUCGCCGCGGCGCUGUCGGCAGUCAACGAAGCAGUCUCCAAACUGCAGCUGGUGGCGUCUGAGGGCGGAGCUAGUAGUCACAACCGGCUGCAGCGCUGCAUGAGGAGAGCCCGCAGCCUGCAGCAACGCAUGCAACUGCAGCAAGAGCAACAGCAGCAACAGAAGCAGGACUCAGAGGCAGGCAGACAGCAACCGCAGCAACCAGAGCAACCAGAGGAGGAGAGGCAGCAGCUCCAGGAACGGCCCAGUGAAAAGCCUCUCACGCUCCAAAUACUUCUGACGGAGAAACAGGGCGACCAGUCAGCUGCCAGUCAAGACCAGCAGGUCCCGCCUCUCUCUCCCUGCCAUGUUAAGCCCCUCCCUCCCAAAACAAACUCAGUGUCUGACUCCGCCUCCAGCGCCGGGGCCCCUACUGGUUCGCCCAGGGAGGAGCGCAGGAGCGGGGGGCCCUGCUCUCGCUUCGGGAAACCCCUCACUAACACAAAGUCCCUCCCUGCUCUGUGCAUGGACACCUGGGAGCAGAGCCCUCUGGGAGAUUUGGCUCCACCCCCUCCACCUGAGGAGGUGGACCACCCCGCCCAGUGGAGCCGAACGUCCCCGAUCUCCAUCCCAGGUCAGGCCCCGCCCCCACCGAGGCCGUAUUCCCGAACCCCGUCGCCUGUUGGCGCCAGCGACACCAGGUGUCAUCGGAUGAUGGAGGAGGAGCAAUAUUACAGCCGACCCCCACAGACCACGCCCACUCCAUCUAGUCCCACCUCCAGACUUCCCCCGCCGCCUCCUGCCUACCCAGCCAGGAACUGGUCCUGCUUACACGUGGAUCAGCAUGAUGAUGUCGAUUCUUCCAUUGACCCACCGAUCAUCUCGCCACCUUACUCGCCCCCAGACUCCCCCAGCAACGCCCCUCCACCGCCUCCUGCGAGCCGCCCCGUCCGGACCUCCUCCCCGCCCCCCGGCCUGGACUACAGAGCGACGCUGCCUGUGGAGCGCUGGGCGGAAAACGUCAACAGAUACUACGGCUCACAGAAUACAACAGGAGUGGUGGGGACGGCGGCGGCGGCGGCGGUGCCCGAUGAGGAGCUCUCUGAGCUGGACUCUCUGUACCAGGCCAGCCUGCUAGCUCCCAGCAUGCACUGGGGCAGCCGUGGAGUCAGUCCUCAGCCGACCAACAACAAACCAGGUGUGCGGAGGAUGCUGUCCGGAUCUGGACGGUCUAAAACACCGACAGCUGAGCUCGAGAGAUAUGCCUACAGAACGCCGGUUACACCUCAUCAUAAGCCGCCCGGAGGUGAAGAUCAGAGCUACAGCGCAGAAAACCUGCGACGCAUCGCCCGCAGCCUGAGUGGAACCGUGAUCGGGUCACGAGGACAAACCCUCGGCCCCUCCCGCAGCUGUGACCCCUCUGUGUCCAGGCCCCCCCUCAGACAAGCCGACCUCCACUCCUCCUUCUCCUCCUCCUCACUUCUCCGUCGCCCCAGCGCCUCCUCUCUGCACCUCCCUUCCUCUUCCUCCUCCACCACCAGCUCCUUCACUACAGAUCACUCCUACCACCACCAACACCUCCAACACCACCAACCCCGACACCACGGCCCCUCAGCUCCUGCACCUCCUGCACAGCACCCCCCCUUGCAGACAUCACGGCCCCCGAGCUCGGGCCUCUCCUCCUGGGGACACUCAGGACCUGGACCAAGUGUCCAGCAGCAGCAGUUUCUGGUUGUGUCUGACAGGCAUCAAGCUCUCUCAGGUCAAAGCCUCCACAGCGUCGCGCUGAAUUACGGCACUCUGCCCCGGGCUCCUCGCCGAGCGCCGCCUCCCACCACCUCCACCCUCCCCAGGCCCAGAGCCGGCCCCAGUCCUGCCCCGCCACCGGGUCCACAGAGUCUCUACGCCACCCUGUCCCACCCUCGACGCUCUGCCAACAACAUCGCCAACACUAACGGUCACUACCGCCAACCGUCGCUGCCCUGUAAAGUCAACGGGUGGACCCAGUCCGCUCCACAGCACCUCCGGAUGUCAGGGGAAGGCCCCCCUCAGCCACGUCGCCUGGACGUGCCCCCUGAGAGCGACUGGCGCCGGGACGCUGACUACAGGACUCUCCAACCCAGCUCCUCUUCCUCCCGAGACCCCCGUGCCGCUCACCACCACCGGACCCUCCAGCGGACCAACUCUCACCAGCCUCCUCUGGCCCGGCCCCGCAGGGACGCCGUGCUCUGCUCGCUCUGCCAGCAGCUUCCCGCUGAGCCGUCACGCCCUUACUGCCCAUCCUGUGGCGCUUACGUGGCUCGGUUCCGCCCAGCCAGCUGAUCGGGCCUGAGCCUCGUGUCACAGGGUGCACACCCCCCGACAGGAACCGCAGACGCCACAGGAGGAAGAGUCCAUUAGUUUACCAAGUUAAAAUGUGCCGACAAAUUCAGAGCUUCUUUGGGGUCUGCAGCUUCAUCUGAGGAAACAAACCACACAGAAAUCUUCAAGAAUCGCUCGGUAUAUUUUCCAUAACAACAAACCACAGCGUCACUCUGCAUGUGUUGUUCCCGGCCCGUCUCACCUGUCCCUCCCUCGUGGUCUUCAUCCCGUCACAAGGCCACAGAAAGACUUGUAACACACAGACAGGAUCUACAUCUGGUCUGUGGAUUUAAAGCACAUUUAGAUUUGUAAUGAAACUCCAUGAUACAGACCAGGAUCACGAGACGAAGGCCGGACGUGAUCAGACCGCUGCUGACGUGCUGUCAGUUAUUGUCUUCUUCCACUUGGUGUCAGAUUUUAACGAGUCCUUGACAGGCUUCAGAGCGAAAGAAAAUUAUUCUUUUAUCGAUUUUAGUUUUGAUCAAUCAUUGAUUUAGUAAAAAUCAUUCAAUAGUUCCUGUUUGAAGGGUGAUUUUUAAUUCGUAUUGUUAUAGUGUUUUUCUGACAUUUUAUAAACUGGUCGAUUGACUUGAUGUUGAAUAUAAUCUGUAUUUCACAGCUUUAAUAUGUCUGUAGUCUGUUUGGUUUGUCCUCGAGUGUUUCAACCUUUCAGCAAAGAAAAUUGACUCGUUAAUAGUUUAGGUUAACUGAAGUUUUCUCGUUAUAAUAACUAAAGGUAGACACAUUUCGGUGGCUUGCUUUUGAACUCACCCAUUCUGCGUCAUCCAAACCUCGACCUCUCGUGUGGUAACGUUACAGAGACGAUGCAGCAAAUGUCUGGUUGUUAAGAUCUGAGAGUCUAAAGCUGGGGUGACCCCGACUGACUACUGCUGGUGUUUCGUUUGUCCAUUCUGGGCUACAGCAGAAACACGAUUCUUAUUAUUGUUUAAACAGUAAUGAAAACUAAAUCUGACACACUGGAUCUUUUUUUUAAUGAUUAUAAGAAUAGUUUGUAAUUAAUUAGAUUCAGUUUCAUUGAAACGUUGAAUCUGACACCAGGUGGAGAAAUGAGGGACGUUGACACGCGACAGGAAGUAGAAAAAGGAGAUUUUCUGCAGUUUGUGUCUCAGACUUUGAAUAUAAAUCUACUCUACUUAUUCCUCUAUUUAUUUUUGUAGCUUGUUGCAGACUGAGUUGUGCAUAGAUAUACCUGCCUAACCUGAAUAUACUCUAUAGACCUGAUCUAAUUUUCUAAAGGUAGUUUAGUCGCCUUGUUUUUGGGAUGUGGAGCCUUCUUAUAUUGUACACGAGGCUGUGCGUUAGAUUAAUAACUAAAGCUUUUAUUUGAACAGAGUUGCAGCUAAUAUUUAGCAUGAUGUUUUCAGACAUAUUCUAGCCUUGAGACUUUGGUGUACAUUUAUUGUAACGAUGAUAUAUGCAGAUCAUUUUCUUUUUUUUCUUUUUAGUGCAGCAUCUCGACUGCAUUUAACUCCAGUUUAGUGCACUUCAGAAGUGUUGACCAUAGAUUUCUUUUACGCGCUUUGUUGCUGAUUUCUUUCGACGUCGGUCAGAGAGAAGCUUCUCGUUAAGUUCAGGAGCUCGAGUCAGUUUCGUACAUGAAGGAACAAACUGAAGGACUUUCUGCAGAGUUGAUCUGCUCUACUGCCAAGAAUCCCAACAAACGAACCCCCACGUCUGGUCUGAAUCUAACAUCUGUUCUGAAUCUCUCCUGCUGAAUAUAUUGAUCAUUAUAAGAAGUACUAAAUAUGAUUUGAUCAUUUCAUCUGUGAUGUCGCUCAAACUGAAGCCUCAAAACUUUAAACUGUUGUUUUUCAGUUUUAUUUCAUUUCAGGUUGAAGUUUGUCUGUUCAGACCAGUUCGUUAAAAAUAAUUCAAAUGAUAGAGAAGUUAUUUUUUCAUCUUGUCAAAGUUGUUUCUUUUUGUUUUUUUGGCUUUUUGCUUUGCCAGAUUUUAUUUUGUUGAUUUUUUUGGUAUAUUUUUGAUGCUUAUUUUUCUACACUGUAGACUUAACAGAGAUGAUAAGACGAUUAAAAUGGAAAAGUUGAGAGUGUCGUUCGUUUUCAUUCUCUGCAUGUUGAAGCCACGUACAUGAAGCUGUUACCUCUGAAGCCAAACAGUAUUAAAUUAGUAACAUUAAACCAACAGUUCUUCAACUUCUUUACUUUAUUGGUUGCCGAUAUUUGUUAGUUACAGACGAGUUUCACUUCCUCCAGUGUGCAUAUUAUUAUUAUAUAUUAUUUCUGCUGUGAAGUUGGACAUUUUACUACCACAUACUGGUGGUUCCUCUGCUUCUAGUACAUAGCUAAAAUUGUAACAUCCAUUUCUACGCAGUGUUGCUUUAAACGUGAUGAGGAAGCAACAUGAACGUGUCAAAAACAUCAUACAGCAACUCACAGAUAAAACUUUUUUUAUUAAGGUUGGUGACAGUUUAGAUAAGAAUGUUAUUUCUUAUAUUCAUAAACAUUGAUUUUGUUGUUUUUUUUCAUUUCUAACAAAAGGCUCAGCUGUUCCUUUAUAUAAAUAUAUAUAUAUAUACUGCUCUUUGUGUUUUUAUGGAAUGAUAUUGGUACUCUUCAAACAACACAGCCACAGGUGACUUUGCAUACAAUUAUUUUCUUUAUAUAAAGUAAAUAAAAACUCUUAAAAGACAGAUGAUAUGAAGUCCGUCUCAGUUUCAAAGACGCGUUUAACUUUUCUAAUUCCUCAGGUAGAAACUGGUUGGCGUUAGUUAAUCAGGUUAAAGUGGCACUGCAGGGUCAACAGCGCAUCUGCCAAUCAGAGUUAACAGUCAAACACUCACGAAGGCUGAAAGGCAUUAUGGGUUCAGUUCCCUGGGCAGCAGUCAUAAUAUUUUCAUGGUAACUGUUCUAUCCCUUUUUUUAAAUGCUGGAACUCAUCCAGCGUCGGUCCAGCAGGCUUGAGGAGUAACAGAUUAGUAUCAGAUUGAUUUCCUCCAAACACGUGCUUUGGAAAAAAAAAA